UACUGCUUAUUACAAAACUAACCGUCACGUUAUAUACCUGUAGAGCGAAAAGAAAAGGAAGUUAUGAAACAGAAACUGUAUUUCGAGAAAUAGAACCAUAAUAAUAAAAGUUCAUUCAUCGUGCGCCCACUCUUUCAUAGAUUCGCGGACAAACUUGGAAGAAUAGUUGCGUGUAAUGUUGCGGUUUAGUUUUUCCGAAGAAACGGUGGAUUUCCCCUUUAUUUCCGUGCUUUGAAUCCAGCUAAAAAAAAACCAACGAACCAUCGAUAAUGAGUGCCACAACUUUCGUCACCAGGAAUGACCACAACACUCUGGGUAUGGACCAUUCCAGAAUACCAAUUUCCACCUCCCCAUUACCCUUAAGGAGAUCGCACAGCUUGAGGUUGCGUGGUGAAAAGUUACCCUCUCACCAGGUACGUCUUUCCCAAGGCUCUGCCACGAAAAUGAAGAACGGGGGAAUGGAAACGAUUCCGCAAAACGUGGGGUGUUCAACCCCCCUGAAUGGCAUGGCGCACACUCGUUUCAGGAGGGUGUCCAUAGACCUGCGUGAUGUGAAAAACCAGCAUACGGUAUCCAGAAAGGUGGUCGAUGGUUGCAAUCACCUAAAGACGGAUAUUCGAUCUUCAAGUACCCCCAAGGGGGUACCAAGCCCCAAUGCACCUCGUGCAAAGACCCUGUCUUUAUCCCUCUCAAGUACUAAACUCCAUAACCAGAAGUCGCCAACAUUCUCAUUGCCUUCGACUACACCACCCACGUCUCCUUAUGGUACUAAUCAAUCUAACCUAAACCAUGACUGGGACUCUGAAAGUCUAGGCAGUACCACCAGUAAUCUAAGCUUAUCGUCCUGUGAUCAUGCUGCUAUAGCAAGAAAUGGCACUACAUUCUCUGGAAGGAGUAUGCGAUACAUAUUCCACUGCAACCAAAAUGCUGCUGUAUCUGGUGAGGAAUACCUCACACCAACACAAAGAGCUCAUCGCCAAAUAAAAAAACUAAAGAACCUAUUGCACCAAGCCCAAAUAGAGCUGGAACAGAAAGAUAGUGAAAUACUGAAACUAACCAAAGAAGUAGUUGAAUUAAGGCUAUACAAAGCGGCUAUAUGUUCACCAGAAGACAGGUCGAAUUCCAGUGAUGCUGUUACUGUCAGGGAGAACAAUUCGGAUGAGCAGAUAACACCUGAAGGUGUCAAUGAAAAUGGGCAAAUAGCCAACUGUUUGGAUUCCAGUGGAUCUCGUGUUGAUUCUGGUCAUUUUGAAGAUUUGAACAGGAGUGGAACUCUGGAGGGAGGCUCAUCUUUUGAGGAAACCGACACUAUUCAGUCACCUGAAAAAAAGGAUAGAGCAGUAGAUACCUGCGAUUUUGGAGCAAUUAGUAAUUCUGAACAAAAUUUAAUCCUAGAGUAUGAAAAACGAAUUCAGGAACUCAUAAAGCUCCAUGAGGAAGAGAACUACCACCUGAAGCAAAAACAUAACGAUAAAAUAGAAGAGUUACUCUCCAGAAUAGGAGAUAUAAAUCAAAGGUAUUGGCAGAUAGUUCCAGAGCUAGAUACAGCAAAGGCACGGAUAAAAGAUUUAGAGAAGCAGCUCGAGGAUAGCUGCCAGAAUCUCGAAGAUUUAGAAGCUAAAAAGAAAGAAUCUUAUAUGGAAAUGACAAGGCAGCAUGGCCAAGGAUCAUCUAAAGUAGAUAAUCAGGUUAUGGACAUAGCAAAGCGUAAUCCAUCCAGGCUUUCAGUUCCUGAACUACUUGAAGAACUGCAAGUUACUAAAAACGAACUGGAAAAUUUGAAGGAUACUGAGUAUACAUCGACGUCUAAGAACUUGCAACCAUUGCUAAGUGCCAAAGAAGCCCUCUCUUUAUGGGUUCUUGGUGCGAGAAAGGCGAUGUAUCGUCAGCUGAUGGAAGCGAAAAGCAAGAAUAAAAUAGACCCAGAAAUAACCCUUCAGUUUCUGAAAUCCGCUAUAUAUUAUUUCCUUACGGAUAAAGAAAAUACAUCUGGACACUUGAAAGCUAUACAGAGUAUUUUGGGUUUUAGCCAAAGUGAAAUAACAAACAUCGAUAAGGCGCAGCUUCAAUAGUUGGAUGAGAAUGUAGACAUCCAAUUUGUAUACAAAAGACAACUGGUAACCAGUGGAAAGAUGCCUUCAACCCUAGUAUUCCGCAAUAAACUAUGAAUGUUGCAAGAAUGUAGAGAAACUUUCAGGAUAGUGUAAAUUGUUCAAAUUCAAGAUUGAAAAUACGAUCUUGGAAUUUCUUAGCAUAGGCGACUUUUAAAAUUUUUCUAAUUGCAGAAAGUAUCUUCACAUUUUUGUCUACCAUAGCUUCGAUAUUCAAAAUUAUAAACCAUUUACAGAUAGAAUAUACAGUGGUGCUAACUAUAUCCGAGAUUAAAAAAUGGGACGAAUAUUUCGCCUCAUUUAGAUGUUUUCAAUUUUUAUAGCUUUGUGAUAUAGCACCCAAAUCCUCAUUCGUAUUUACACAUUAAUUUUUAUGCGGGGUAUUUUGACGUGUUGUGAAAGAUUUGCCAUCCAUAAGAGAGAAUAUUUUACGAUUGACCUAUAUUAUUGAGUUGAAUACUCAAAGCAUAUUCUGAGAAAGUAGAUAUUUUCGAAAGUGAAGACUGACCGAGUCGUUUUCAAUACUACCCACCUUGCAUAAUUCAAACUAUUCCUGAGUAUUUUAAAUAUAAUUUUUGUAUACUUGUAUACUUUUAUUUAGUGGUGUUGUAAAAUUUGAAGUAUUAUAUUUGAAUUCAAA